UAUAAUAAUAGGCAAUAAUAGAUUUUUUUGUAGUGGCAAGAUAGGUAGAAUAUCACUUAAUGUUUUACAGAUUCAAUAAAGAAAACUCCAUUUAUCCAAUGUAACAUGGAAUUUUUAGAAGCGCUUAAGUGUCCUUCAUGCUGCUUUAAAACCAACAGUUUUGCUGUUCUCAAAGACCAUUGUGAAACACAACACAAUACAGAUCCUCAAAGAAAGUACUUCUGUGAUAAAUGCCCACAUACUUCAGCAAAGCGGUGGAAGAUUGUAGAACAUCAAAAGUUUCAUGGUAAUAUACCAGGAUUACAUUUAUAUGCUUGCACACUAUGUCUGUUUAGAGCCCCUCACAAAGCGCAACUGGACAGACACAUCAUGUUUAUUCAUUCCCAUGAAGUUGAUUUGAAGAAAUUUUCUUGCAAAGAUUGUGGGGAAACAUAUAUAUCCAAAUCAGCUCUGAAACAACAUAGACAAAAAGGACAUUAUGCAUGAAAUGAAUACUUUACAGAGUAAAUGUAAAAUUGCAUAUGAACUGGUGACAUAACUUUAUGCAUUUUGUUCAAUAUAAUGAGAUGACUAUAAGAUUUUGUUAAGUAUAUCUUAUAAAAAAUUGUGAUGGUUUGUACAUUAUGAAUAAGUAAAAUAAAGAAAAUGACAGCUAGAUAUAAAUACAUGUUAAAAACAAG